UGGAAUCAUAUGAUUGGAUAUAUACACGCAUAUAUAUGUCGGCGAGCUCCAUUACGUAGUGUGACAUCGAAUAGCGUACUUUAAAGAUCAGUUAUUUUAUUUUUAAGUGUCUUGAACGCGAUUUAGUUUUACGUUCGUAAAUUCGAGCACGUUAAUUCGAAAUCAUCAUGGGAAAAGAUUAUUAUAAAAUCCUAGGAAUCAGCAAGAACGCGACUGAUGACGACAUCAAAAAGGCGUACCGUAAAUUAGCUCUGAAAUAUCAUCCGGAUAAAAACAAAGCACCGGGAGCUGAGGAACAUUUCAAAGAAGUUGCGGAAGCCUACGAAGUUUUAUCCGAUAAGAAAAAGCGCGAUAUUUACGAUCAACAUGGUGAGGAAGGUCUAAAAAGUGGAAUUCCUGGUGGAACUGGGACACCUGGUGGACCAUCGUUCAGUUACACUUUCCAUGGUGAUCCACGAGCUACCUUCGCCCAAUUUUUCGGCAACGCAAGUCCGUUCCAAGCUUUCUUUGAUCUUGGCGGCGGCGGUAAUAGAAUGUUUGGGUUCAAUGAUGACAGCAUGGAUGUAGACGAUCCAUUUGGAAUAGGAAAUGUUGGUCAACCAAGACCAGGCGGACCAGGAGGAGCAUUUCGAAGCCAAUCCUUCAAUUUCCAUAACAGUCCAAAUCGAGGGAAUAAAGAUAAGCUGCAAGAUCCGCCAAUCGAACACGACCUCUAUGUAUCAUUAGAAGAUAUCAUGAAAGGUUGUACCAAGAAGAUGAAAAUUAGCAGGAAAGUGUUGCAGUCGGAUGGGACGGCGAAAAAAGAAGAUAAAGUUUUGACGAUUAACGUUAAACCAGGAUGGAAGGCGGGAACUAAAAUAACGUUCCAAAAAGAAGGUGAUCAAGGAAGGAAUAAGAUUCCUGCUGAUAUAGUAUUUAUAAUCAGGGAUAAGCCACAUCCGCAUUUUAAACGAGAAGGCAGUGAUAUUCGCUUUACGGCAAAAAUUUCGCUUAAAGAAGCUUUAUGCGGCUGUACUAUUCGAGUACCAACAAUGAUUGCUGAUAAAGUCAUCCCAUUACAUUUCACCAACGAAAUUGUUACGCCAAACACCGUUCGACGUUUACAAGGGCAUGGAUUGCCAUUACCAAAAGAAUCGUCUAGAAAAGGAGAUUUAAUAGUUAAUUUUGAUAUUCGCUUCCCAGAGCAGCUUUCUGAAUCAGCCAGGGAUAUUAUUUAUGACACUUUACCUUAAGUUCUUUCAUUUUUUUUACAAUUAGAGACUGUUUUUGAAGUAGUGAAUGUCGUGUGUGUUGAUGGAUAAAUCUCUGUACGUUUUAGUACAAUAACAUCAAGGACAGUAAACUUUAAAGGAGAAUUGAUUGAUAGAGUCCUUUAAACGUGUACAGUCUUUGUUAUUACA